AUCGUGGAGCAGGGCUUGGAGAGGUCGAUCGUGCUGGAAGACGACGUGCGGUUUGAGGCGUAUUUCAAAGAACGGCUCUGGAGACUGAUGGACAACCUGGAGCUGGUGCAGAUGGACUGGGAUCUGAUCUACUUGGGCCGGAAGCAAGUGAACUCAGACGCCGAGGAGCUAGUGGAAGAUGUGCGAAACCUUGUGGUGCCUGAGUAUUCCUACUGGACGCUGGCCUACAUCAUCUCUCGGCAGGGGGCUCAGAAGCUGGUCAACGCGCAGCCCCUCUCCCGAAUCCUGCCGGUGGAUGAGUUCCUGCCCAUCAUGUACAACAAACACCCCAAUGAGGACUACAAGAAGCACUUUGCCAAGCGGGAUCUCCGGGCCUUCUCGGUGCGCCCGCUCCUGGCCUACCCGACCCACUACAUGGGGGACGCCCGCUGGAUGAGCGACACGGAGACCUCCACCAUCUGGGAUGACGACUCACGCAAGACUGGCUGGAGCGGCUCCCAGAAGACCCUGAAAGACGCCCGCGGCCCCAGCGGAAGCACGGCCGGACACUCCUUCCGCCCGGCCUCCAGGGACGAACUAUAACACCUGCCUCCUCCGUCAGGUUCUUUUUGCACCCUGAGAGGCCGAAAAAGACGAACGACGAGAACGUGGUCCUCCAGCCCUCCUUCUCCUCUUCGUUGGCUUGAGGCGUUUGAAUAUGAGACUGAACGUGGGCCUUCUCCACAUCCUUCGAGCAGCGGCAGAGCUUCCUUCACUUCAGUGACAAGGAAUGAGAUGGCGGUGACGUCGAACCCCCAUUUCCUUCGAUUGUGGAAGCCAAGGCGUCGCUUCCUCGUCCUGGACGGGACUUCCUUCACCCCGAUGCCUGCUGUUAACACACACCAGCACUUCUGAUUUCGAAAUUUGGAUAAAUUAUUGGCAAAAGCCUUGGGAGAUUUUUGUUUCCUUUCUGGUGGCCAUUCGUUUACCCAUCUGAUUCAGCAGGACUGCAUCUUUUUUCUUAAAUUCUGGACCAAGAUGGGGAAAAUAUGACGAUUCCGGUGCUCUUUUCUGUCUCAGGUUUUCUCUCAACACACCUUUGAAUUUUUUUAAAAUUGCAGAUUAAACAUGAGCUUUUAUUUAAA